UGCCCGCGGGCCCUCUAAGAGCUGCCCAGGCUGCUGCCGCAGGUCAGAGGCGGGUCAGAGCAGGCAGGGGGUUCAUGACGCCGGCUGGGUCUGGGGGCCGUGGGCCAGCCGAGCCGACCCAGGCUUCUCGGGGACCGCGGGGGCCGUGAGCACUCAGAGGGAGCGUCCCAGGCCCCUCCGGGGACCCAGCCAGCCUGAAGAUGCCGACGAACGGCCUGCACCAGGUGCUGAAGAUCCAGUUUGGCCUCGUCAACGACACUGGCCGCUACCUGACAGCCGAGAGCUUCGGCUUCAAGGUCAAUGCCUCGGCACCCAGCCUCAAGCGGAAGCAGACCUGGGUGCUGGAACCCGACCCAGGACAAGGCACGGCCGUGCUGCUCCGCAGCAGCCACCUGGGCCGCUACCUGUCGGCAGAAGAGGAUGGGCGCGUGGCCUGUGAGGCAGAGCAGCCGGGCCGUGACUGCCGCUUCCUGGUCCUGCCGCAGCCAGAUGGGCGCUGGGUGCUGCAGUCAGAGCCGCACGGCCGCUUCUUCGGAGGCACCGAGGACCAGCUGUCCUGCUUUGCCACAGCCGUUUCCCCGGCCGAGCUGUGGACCGUGCACCUGGCCAUCCACCCGCAGGCCCACCUGCUGAGUGUGAGCCGGCGGCGCUACGUGCACCUGUGCCCGCGGGAGGAUGAGAUGGCUGCAGACGGUGACAAGCCCUGGGGCGUGGACGCCCUCCUCACCCUCAUCUUCCGUAGCCGACGGUACUGCCUCAAGUCCUGUGACAGCCGCUACCUGCGCAGCGACGGCCGCCUGGUCUGGGAGCCUGAGCCCCAUGCCUGCUACACGCUGGAGUUCAAGGCGGGCAAGCUGGCCUUCAAGGACUGCGACGGCCGCUACCUGGCACCCGUGGGGCCUGCUGGCACCCUCAAGGCCGGCCGGAACACGCGACCUGGCAAAGAUGAGCUCUUUGACCUGGAGGAGAGUCACCCACAGGUGGUGCUGGUGGCCGCCAACCACCGCUAUGUCUCUGUGCGGCAAGGGGUCAACGUGUCAGCCAAUCAGGAUGAUGAACUAGACCAUGAGACCUUCCUGAUGCAAAUUGACCAGGAGACAAAGAAGUGCACCUUCUAUUCCAGCACUGGGGGCUACUGGACCCUGGUCACCCAUGGGGGCAUUCAGGCCACAGCCACACAAGUUUCCGCCAACACCAUGUUUGAGAUGGAGUGGCGUGGCCGGCGGGUAGCACUCAAAGCCAGCAAUGGGCGCUACGUGUGCAUGAAGAAGAAUGGACAGCUGGCGGCUAUCAGCGAUUUUGCGGGGGCCCCACCCCGCCUGGCCUGGACAGGGAAGGUGGCGGGAGGGGCAGCGCAGCAGACGCUUUCCCCGCCAGGCAAGGACGAGGAGUUCACCCUCAAGCUCAUCAACCGGCCCAUCCUGGUGCUGCGCGGCCUGGACGGCUUCGUCUGCCACCACCGCGGCUCCAACCAGCUGGACACCAACCGCUCCGUCUACGACGUCUUCCACCUGAGCUUCAGCGACGGUGCCUACCAGAUCCGAGGCCGCGACGGAGGAUUCUGGUACACGGGCAGCCACGGCAGCGUGUGCAGCGACGGCGAACGCGCCGAGGACUUCGUCUUCGAGUUCCGCGAACUCGGCCGCCUGGCCAUCCGCGCCCGGAGCGGCAAGUACCUGCGCGGCGGCGCCUCGGGCCUGCUGCGGGCCGACGCCGACGCACCGGUCGGGACCGCGCUUUGGGAGUACUGAGGCCGCGCCCAGACCAGCCUGUCGCGCGUUAAACCGUGUCUGUCCCGCAGCUGUGGGUGGGCUCCGGGGCGGGCGCCGCUUGGGGGUCCUGCAGCCAGAGGUGGAGGAGGCCCACAGUUCUCCCCAAACCAGAGAGCGCCCAGAACUUCCCAGUGCCCAAGGACUCCUGUCUGGGAGGUGGUCUUGUG